AUGCCUAUCACAAUCCUCAGCCCUCAGCCUCCCACGCCUCGGAGACCACAGGCUGUUGCAGCUACAAGCUCUGACUCCGACUCCGACUCCGACUCAGAAGGCGGCGCUGGCGUUGCGGCUGACGACAUUCUCACUCCAGGUGCUGAGAUAACUUCAAAUGCCCAAUGGAUGCGUGGACAUGGUACUUACGUGCCGUCUGGAUCAUCAUCUAUCAAAUCUUCUCUUGCUGGUACCCUCACAAAGACAAACAAGCUGCUUUCUGUGCGGCCUCUCCGAGCCCGUUACACUCCGGAGAUUGGUGACUUGGUUGUUGGUCGGAUCGUCGAAGUUCAAGCAAAGCGGUGGCGUGUCGAUGUAGCCGCGUCUCAGCUUGCCAUUCUCCAAAUCUCAGCCAUCAACUUACCUGGUGGUAUUCUCCGCAAGCGUACCGAGACUGAUGAGCUUCAAAUCCGCAGUUUCUUUGCCGAAGGAGAUCUUGUUGUCGCAGAGGUCCAGCAGCUACACCAAGACGGCGCCGCGAGUCUUCACACCCGCAGUUUGAAGUAUGGUAAGCUUCGCAACGGUGUCUUCGUCGCUGUCACUGGCACCGGUGGUGGCGGUGGUGUCGUUCGAUCCAAGAGACAGGUCUGGACAAUGAAUGUGGCCAACGCCGGCGGCAAGGUCGAUGUCCUUCUUGGUGUAAAUGGAUACAUUUGGAUCAGCAAACAUAUAGAAAGCGACCCGGCCGCUGAGGCAGCGGGCAUCAACCGUAUGGAAGAGAAUCUGAGCAGCAAGGUCUACUCGAGUCAGAAUGAUCCCAUGGAAGUGUCGACCAUGCGCGAGAUUGCGCGAAUCCGCAGCGUCAUCCUGGCCCUUGUUGAGAACGGGCUUAAGGUGGAUGAAGAUACAGUGACCAGAGGAUACAGUGAGGCUGUGGAUAUGGUUCGUGAUACCACUGAUGACGACCUGUACCUAGGAGGCAACAAGGGACAGCACCUAGCCGCUGUUUUGACUGGCCGUUAA